AUGGCUACCAGCAAAAACCAAUCGACUAAAAUAUCAAGUUCAUCGAAAUCUGUUGAGCAAUCAAUGAAUUCUAAUUUAGAAUCAUUUACAUGUUUAUGGCUAGAUCAAAAUGUGAAUUUAACGCAAGAUAAUCUUCAAACACAGAAAGAACUUCGUCAAGUGAUCAAUCAUCUUCGAACAUUUGAUAAUAUCGAUGAAUGUGAACAAUACAUUCGAAACAUUACAAAAGAAAAAGUUGUUCUCAUUGUAUCAGGUUCAUUAGGUCAACAAAUCGUACCUCGACUCCAUGAUCUUCCACAGUUUUCUGCAUGUUAUGUAUUUUGUCAAGAUCAAAAAGCAAAUGAACAAUGGGCUAAUAAAUAUCACAAAGUCAAUGGUGUUUUUGUUGAACGUGGUAAACUUGUUGCUAAAAUAUCGAAAGAUCAAAUUAGUCGAAAUAAAGUAGAAGAUAGUGCUUCAAUAUCAGUCAUUACUUCUGGUUCUCAAUCUCUUCAAGCUCGAAAUGCUAUCUUUAUGUGGUUUCAAUUAUUUAUUGAAGUUCUUCUUCGUAUGCAUCAUAAAUC